AUGCACCCACCCACCACCAACCACCUCAAUCACCUAAUUAUCGUCUGCUGCCACGCCAUCUACAAGAGAGGACCAACGAACGGCGCCAGUGAAGACGAAUGGAUAAUCGAACCCUUUCAAAAAGGCGAAACGCCCACGUUCACGGCCCACGUCGUGACGGGCCUCCGUCUCGCCGCUGAGGAUCCGCAUGCCUUGCUUGUGUUCUCGGGAGGUCCCACGAAACAAGACCGCACGUCUCUUGCUGAGGGGGAGUCAUAUUUUAACCUAGCAAAAGACAACGCCUUCUUUAACCUCACCCCCUCUAUCUCCAGCUCCAGCACCACCUCCCUAACCACAAGAAUAACAACAGAGAAUCACGCAACAGACUCCCACCAAAACCUCCUCUUCUCCCUCCUGAAAUUCCGGUCCGUAACAGCCCGGUAUCCCACCAGGAUAACGGUGGUAACCCACGAGUUCAAGCGCGCAAGGUUCCUGGAAGUGCAUUUUCCGGCUCUGGGACUGGGGAAAAGAGUCGAUGGUGGUGGCGUGGAGAUGCGGGUGGUUGGGAUUAAUCCCCCGCCUGAUGUUACCCCGCUAGAGGUUCUGGUGGAGGGGGAGGAGAAGGGGGGGAUUGGGGUUUGGAGGGGGGACCGGUAUGGUUCUGGCUGUGUUUUGGGGGGGAAGAGGGUUAGGAGGGGGUGGGAUGAGGGUUCUGUAUAUGAGGUUUUGAGGGGUCUUGAGGGGGAGGAGGGGGAAGUGGUGGGGGCGUUGGUUCGGUGGGAUGGUGGACUUAGUGGGAAUCAGCUGUUUGAGGGGAUGGAGGGGUUGCCUUGGUAUUCUUAG